AUGGUGACCGUCAAUGGGAAGAUUAUUCCCUUAACUCAUACCAUUUUCGCAUUUUCGGCAUUUUUUGCUGCUUUGGUCACUGGUUAUUCACUUCAUUUUCAUAAGAUUGUUACUAAUGCACAUUAUACGUAUCCAGAUGAGUGGUUUCCAAGUGUAUCAGCCACUAUCGGUGACCGUUAUCCGGAGCGUUCUAUUUUCCAGAUUUUAAUAGCCCUGACUUCUUUUCCAAGAUUUUUAUUGUUGCUGGGUCACUACUACCUAAACAAAUCCAAGAUAUGCUUACUUGUCGGAGUACUCCGGACUGUUUCUUGCGGUGGUUGGGUAUACAUUACAAGCACAGACGACCAUGACAUCCAUGAUAUAUUUAUGAUUGCAUACAUUCUUUUAACUUUGCCAUGGGAUAUCAUGAUUACUCGUUAUUCAGGUCCCUUAACUUCAAAAAACAAAGGGCUAACAGCCACGAUCUUCUUUGGAACAUUAUUCCCAAUGGUUUACUGGUAUAUCCAGCAUUCAGUUCAGCAGAGGGCUGGUGCUUAUUCCAUUUAUGCGUAUUUUGAAUGGUCCUUGAUUAUUUUGGAUAUAGCCUUUGACGCGUUUGCUUAUGCAGAUUUCAAGAAGAUAGAUAUAGUUCUCGGCUUUAAUGAAAAGCCCGGUAAUACGAGCUUUUUUCAGAUCAAGGAUUCCGACGCUAUUGUUUGUGACGAAAAGAAAACUACAAAUUUGAGGAAAAACCAAACUGAAAAGAAAGCUGCAAAGAAAGAAGCUGUUAGCUUUAAUGCCACUGAUUCGUAUUUCAAAUUUGAUUCCUUCUUUUAUCUGUUGACAAAUUUUUUUAAUGGGUUUCUUUUCUGGUCGAAUACUACCUCGUUAUUUUGUAGUAUUUGGCAUUUCCCGCUUUGGUAUAUGGGAAUUUCUGGUUAUGAAACUUCAAUGUUCUGUCUUCUGGGGCCUAUUGUACUUUAUCUACCAUUAGUCUCUGAAGUCUUUACCCAAUAUGGUGUGCUUUUAGGAGGUAUUAUUGCCAUUGGCGCCUAUAUUGUUGAAAUGCCAGAAUUAAGGCUGAUUACUCUAGCUAUCGGAACUUCUAUCACCGUUUCUACGUUUGUGCAAAACUUAAGAUAUAUUAUGAGUGCCGAAAUUAGCGCUUCUUUUGCUGUCACUUGGUCACUAGGUCUUGUUGCAUCGAUGAUCUUUAAAAUGGGGUUCUAUACCAAUAAUCCAACAUGGGUUAUCUUAAAUGAGCAUAAUGGUGGCUAUAACAAAACAGCUCUUGUUUUUACUGUGUUGUUUGGCAUGUUAUCACCUUAUGUUAAUUCAAUCAAUUUCCGAGGGAAAAUAAUUGCUCAAGCAAAAUCAGUUUCGUGCAUAGGCAAACUAUUUUUAGCGAUUGGUUUUGGAUCAUUGUUGUUUGGUAUUCAUCAAUUGUUAACAGAUUCUUCUACCACUAUAUAUUGGGCUUGGGAAGGUUAUCAUGAAAAGUCACAUGGUCCAUUGCCAUGGCCAUGGAGUGCGUUGACGUGUACAGUCAUGUUGUUUGCUGCGGUAACUUCGGGGAAAUUUAUGGGCAAGCCAUUAGUUCCAUGUUUACUGCUAGUUAUUUCCACUGCUGUGCUGUCUAUUAAGAGUAUUACAGAAUGGCCCAAGUAUGUUGCUGGGGGGUUAUUGUACGCCAUUGCUAUGCUUUGGUUAGUCCCUUCAUACUUUUCCGUACUAGGCCAAGUACAAAGUAUAUGGGUUUACGUUUUCUCGUUCGCUGUUUAUGUUCUUUUUGUCUUAGCUCAUGUUUGGGUCGUCGCGUACGCAUUUGUUCCAUUAGGUUGGUUACUGAGGGAGAAAAUUGAAGCUAUCCUUGUAGUUUCCUCUACAUUCAUUAUCGUUGGUGUCCUGAUCAACAAAAGUUUCAACCUCCAACUAAUAAACGUGACCAAGAAAUUUUAUACUUAUAUUUCUUUCUUUGCAGUAGUUUUACUAGCAUUGACUGCUAGGUUCACCUACGAUAUUAGACCAACCGGAAUUCCUCAACCUUAUCAUCCUGAUUCUCAUUUGAUCUCUGCUGGUAUUUGGACCAUCCAUUUUGGUCUCGAUAAUGAUAUGUGGGCAUCUGAAGAUAGAAUGAUCAACUUGAUAGAAGAAAUGGAGUUGGAUGUUGUAGGAUUAUUAGAAACAGAUACACAAAGAAUCAUCAUGGGUAACAGGGAUCUCACCAGUAAACUAGCCCAUGAUCUGAAUAUGUAUGCUGAUUUUGGACCGGGUCCAAACAAACACACAUGGGGCUGUGUUCUUCUUUCCAAAUUUCCUAUCAUUAAUGCUACGCAUCAUCUAUUGCCUUCCCCUGUGGGAGAGCUAGCCCCAGCCAUUCAUGCCACUCUUCAAACAUAUAAUGACACAUUGGUUGAUGUCUUUGUUUUUCAUAGUGGACAAGAAGAAGAUGAAGAAGAUAGAAGAUUACAAAGUAAUUACAUGGCUGAACUGAUGGGCAACUCGACCCGACCAGCUAUCUUAUUAAGUUAUUUGGUGGUUGACCCGGGAGAAGGUAACUACAAUAAACAUGUUAGUGAAACCUCUGGCAUGCAUGACAUUGACCCUACUGACGAUGAUAGGUGGUGUGAAUAUAUCUUGUAUAAAGAUUUGAGAAGGACAGGCUAUGCAAGAGUUGCAAGAGGCACGAUCACGGAUACUGAACUGCAGGUCGGUAAAUUCCAAGUUCUGAAUGAGCAGGAAUUAGCCGAACGCUCAGAUUCCAUUUAUGAAUAUGAUCAUGUUGAUGAACCGGAAAAUGACGAUAUGAAAUUUCCCGAUAGGUUUUUGGGCGAAGGUGAGAGAGGUCACUUUUACCAUGUGUUCGACAAGCCACGUUAUUAUCCCUAA